AUGGCACAAUUGGACGUCACGUUGACCAAAUCCCUUAUACUGCUAGAUCUUUCACCUGUAGCGGAGCAGGACAAAGCCGACAAGUACUCCACCCGCGCGGAAGAAUGUUUAGCCACAACAGUGGAAUUCAUGAUGCUCUUGCAAGCCAGAAUCAGAGCGCUCAAAUUAUGGCAGUGUAUGCCCCGUGUUCGAGUGGCAGCACAACAAUCCUUCUCGAAUAAUCCUGCUCAAGUUUAUGGGCCUCGAUCAGUUGAACUACCAAUCCUACCCAUCCCAAAAGUCAACGCAAAUAUUUGGGACUGGGACAACCUCUGGAGAUUGUUCAAUGCAAACGCACUCACAGGAACUACUAGAGCGCUUCAAGUUCAACUAUCUUCGAGAUGCGCUUUAAGGAGUAGUCAAAGAAAGCUGAUCAACAGAUUGGAUAGCUUCCAGCUACGGAGUCAAUCCCUGAAGGAUCAGCGUACACUUUCCGAUCAAGUAAUCAUUCAACCACUAAGAAAAAAGGGCGAACAAGUUGAGAGUCAACGGACAGUGAAGAGGAUAUUGUCGAAAUUUCCGAGAGAUUUUAGAGAAAAAUCCUCGCGAAAAAACGUUCUACUCUCUGAAAUGUCCAACCAGUUCUUAUGCAAGGUUUUUUUUGAUUUCAUAGAAGAUUUACCUUUCGGUGAGCAGCUGAUUCAAGUGUAUCUACAUGAACAACGAGAGACGACUUACCUGGGAUGCAUAUGCAGAAAGCAGCACGGUCUCGCGAAAUUCUACCAUGCAUUUAUUGCAAAGGAGGCUACAGAUCAGCAGAACGCAACUCCGCAAGAACGAGCACAAUACCAGCGAGAAAGGAACGUGUGCCAUCGGUUCACCAUGCAGCAGCAGACUGCAGCAGGCAACCUUUUAUCCGGUGCCAAGGUCCGCACCACACAACCACCUGUUGUUUUGAAUCUGAAUUCAAACACAUCCUCUGUGCAUUCCACUAAAGGAAACUCUCAGCAAACUUUACAACGAUUUGACCAAAGGUCUCAGAAGAAGCAAACCGAGACCGUGACCAAAGUUAACCUGGUGGCGUGA